CAAGGAGUUGUGACGCAUAUAAUGACCCUUUGGUUUUAGUGUUGUUUUGCCUUUAUUAUCUGAUAUUGUUGGCAUGUGCUGACUUGAGGUGAGGUGACUGGCUAGCUGUCGAUCGUACAGGAAUUAGUAAGACCAAGGGAAAUCAUUGUGGGAGUGACUGAGCGAGCUCGACACAUCCUGUAUACGUGGUUGGUAGCGAUAAAUCUUUGUGCAAUACUCAGAGCUGCUUGGAUAUAUAAACUUGGCUACUGCUUUUGGGCUGUUCAGUGCACUAGUUGGAAUUCAUUGAGGUUUACCAAGAGGAUUCAAACAAGGGAUUUGUCUGCAUUUGACUGUUUUUGUUCUUUUUGCUUGAAAGAGGAGCAGUAGGAAACUAUAGUGUAUUUUCCAGUUGUGUCUUUUGUGUCAUUUGGUGAACAACAUUUAAAAACAUGGAGCACGUACAGAAACUGAGGGAGGAACUAAACAAACAACCAUUUCACAUCAAAAUAGCAAUUCAAGGUGCUGUUGCUCUGGUAGGCAUCUGGCUCGUAGUUGGCUAUGCCGCAUCCUUCCUCACCAGCUUCUUGGGAUUCUUGUACCCAGCAUACUGCAGUGUAAAGGCGAUUGAGAGCACACAGAAAGACGACGACACACAAUGGUUGACAUACUGGGUGGUGUACAGUGCCUUCAGCCUGGUGGAGUUCUUCUCAGACAUGUUCCUCUCAUGGUUCCCAUUCUACUAUCUGGCUAAGAUGGCCUUCCUUGGCUGGUGCAUGGCCCCCAUCCCAGGCAAUGGUGCUCAGUUCCUCUACCAUCGCUUCAUCAAACCAUUCAUCCUAAAGCACCAGGCCGAGAUUGAAGACUCCCUCGACAAGGUUACAGAUAUUGCCAGCUCCACGUUGAGUGAAGCUCAGAAGUUGGCCCAGGACGCCGCAGCGGACGCAGCAGCCGAUCAGAUCAAGAAGUCUAUGGAGCAGCAGAACGCUGACAAGACUGACUAAACACCCUCAUACGCCUAGCCUUUCAACACCCUUACACAAUAGUCGUAUAGUUCACAAACCAGUCAGCCUUAACACCAUACUCAUGCACCCAACACCAUGUGCAUGUAAUGACUAAGCACCCUCCUACACCCAGCUUUUAACACCCUACACAAGAGUCGUAUAGUACCACAACCAGUCAGCCUUAGCACCAUGCUAUUGCACCCAACACCAUAUACAUGUACAUGUAGCACACUGCAUAAGAUAAGAGAAAGAGCUAGACAUGUAUGUAGAUAGCACUCUGCAUUGGGUAUUUGGUGUAUAAGGCAAACACCAACUAAGUUAAACAUCACUUAUCUCAAUGCAUUAUUUUACAAGUCAUCUGUAUGUACACCAUGGGCAGUUGUUUCAAUGCACAAUAAAUUGAUCUGUAAUUAGUAAGAGAUUGUACAUAGCACAUUUCAUUGCUCCGUAUAUUUUCAUGAUCUUCGAAAAUGAGUGCAAAUGUUAUAUUGAUUCCUGCAAACUUUUAUCCUGUGCAGCGACCAAAUUAUUGACCAAGCUAUUGAUAGUGAUUAAGAACCCAAACAGACAGACAGACACUCUCUGAAACCUUUUCUGACAAACCUGUCUUGUUGAAAGCCCAGCUUAUAUUGGAAUGUACAAACGGAUAAGCACGCAUUGCACAUAAUAUCAGCAAAAUCCAAAUAAGCCCUUACAGUGCAACUUUGGGGUGGCUAAACAUCGAUGGUUGAAAUAUACAUGCACAGUGCAAUGAACAAGCGUGAAUUUUGAUGGUAUGUUUGUGUUUUUCUGAGUCGCAAGCGUUCUCUGAUCCUUUGUGAGCGAGUUCCUAAUGUAUUCAUUAUGCAGUGCUAGACAAAGUCAUCAUUUUUUUUCUUGCAAAUAACAUUUUGCAGUGAGCCCGAUCAUAAAACAUAGUGUUGAUAUCAUGCAUGAACUGUUAUGUACAUGUUGGUGUGUGUGCUAUGAGUAGCUUUGUGGUUCAAGCCUCGCCUGAUGUCAGUUGAAUGUUUCACGGCAUGAACGUACAUGUAUGAAACCCUGAAGUUGUAAACUAAGCAGAAUUCUUUCUUUCCAUGGUGUUUAUGAGCACAGUCCACAAUCUAAUGUAUCGAUAUAUACUACCUUAAUAUACACUAACCUUAGUUUCCCUGAAGAUUAAAUAACUGGAUACACAUAUUCAAUCAUUUACAAUGGUCAAAUCAAUCCGUUUGAUGCAUCAUUAAAAAGGUUGCCAGAUUCAAAGUCAAGACAAGGAUCAUGCAUAAUGUAAAUGUGUGUAAAUAAUUUUUGAAUACUUUAAGUGGUUAGUAAUUAAAGGAAGAUAAAUUUUUAAAAACAAACAAAAAAAUUAUAUGUGUAUGAAGACAAUGCACUUAGUGCAUAGUCAUAAUGGUCUAGUGGUAUUAACUCUUAGUUUCUUUUUCCUCACAAACGUGAUAGCUUUGAGACUAGAUUAAUUUUUUCAUUUCUCUUCAAAGUUUUUUUUGUAAGAAAAGGAUCUUUGAUGCUCUUUCUAGCUCAUUACUUGUCUUGUUCAGUGGUUUUUAUAUGAAUUGAUUGAUAUUGAUGUAUAAAUUCUGUCAAAUGUUUUGUUAUUGGUGACUUGCAGUUAGUGUGGUAUAUACGGUAAGCGAUCUUAUACUUGUAGCGACAUAUAUUUGUACGAUUGUAUGCUUUGUAUACCAGGAAAAAAUCAUCAGAACUAAAACAAUUCUAAUCACACCAUUAUGCAUUAUUUAGGUGAUAGGACUGUACAUAUGUAGACAUUCCAGUAUCGGUGUAGCUUAACAUCGUCUCUUGAAUGCUAGAAGGACAUUAACUAUAACGUCCUUCUGGCUCUCAGCAGACGAUAUCUUGUUCCGCUUCACUAGGUCGAUUAAACAAGCAAAAUACAACAAGAGGUGUUCUGCAUACAGCAGAGUACUCUAAAACUACAUUUCUGUCACAGAUUUCUGAAUCACAAAACCACUAUGUGCUUGCCAUGGCGACAAAUGAUUCUCAGAAAAUAAACACAAUAUCAAGACAAAAUAUUAUACAUUGCAAGACUUGGAGUUAGAAGCCCAUAGAUAUUCAUGAGAAAUUUAUAUACCUGUAGUUAUUGUCGAUCUUUAUGUAUUCUUAUAGAAUAAUUAUUUGCAAAAAUUAUUUGGUAUUUAAUAUACAAUUUAUUGUGGGUGUGUCGAAGCAAAGUGAUUUUUUUUUUUUAUUAUCAUUUUUAUUUUGGGGGUCUUGAGUGAGUUUUAUUUGAUUAGAGAUACAUGUAGAUUAAGAAUUAAAUCAUGAACAUGUGUCAAGUUGUUAGAAUUAUAAUAUCCCAAUUAAACUCCUUAACUUAUUUCAUUCAAUAUGUAUCAAAGUGUUCUUUUUCAAUGGAGCAUUAUAUUGUAAUGUGACGGCAACAAGAACAUCAAAAUUGAUAAGUAGGAAUUGUUAAAAACAGUAGUAAAUGUUGAUGUUUGUUUUCUUUAACUUCUCAUGAUUGUUACUUUAGGAAAUUAAUUGAAAUUUGGAGAAAAAAUAUAUAAAAUGCUUGGUAUGGAGUAAUUAAAAGUAUUUGGUGGAAAUUGA